GGCCUGCUCAGAUCGUCAUGUUUGACAUCCACGCCCUGCAGGAGCGCUUCUACUUCUCCGACAACAUCAUCCCAGUGCUCCUCACAGGUGAUGAUUAGACCCAACACCACAACAAACACCCACUAUCUGUCAACUCCUUUGUCGCGUAUGUAUGCAGCCAUCCCCCUGUUCCUCGACGCCAUUCGACACGAAAAAGGUAAAAUGGAAAUGCACCCUCAAAGACGCCUCGGGCACACAACACAUCUCGCUGUCUGGCUGUCUAUCCUGAGAGCAGAUGUGGCCAUAGCCUUCCCGGACGAGGGCGCGCGCAAGCGGUUCGGCCGCAUGUUUGACGGCAAGUACCCUUUGAUAGUGUGCAGCAAGGUGCGGCAGGGCGACAAGGGGCGGGUGGUGCGGAUCGCUGAGGGGGAGGCCAGGGGCAUGAAGGUCUUCAUCGUUGACGACCUUGUCAAGACGGGCGGGACGCUGCUCCAGUGCAAGAAGGCCCUUCUCGAGGCGGGGGCCGCGUCAGUGAGUGCAUUCGUCACACACGGGGUGUUCCCACAGGUACGUCACGUCAGACACUCACUCAGCCACAACACCCACACCACAUCACACCUCGGUCUCUUGUGUCACAGGAGUCAUGGAAGCGCUUUGUGCCGUCGAGUGAAGGGGGCGACGAGGGUGAGGGUCAUGCCGAUCAGGGCUUCAAGGUCUUCUACGUCACCAACAGCUGCCCCCAGAUGGCCCGCAUCCUCUCAUCGAAACGGCCCUUCCGUGUGCUGUCCCUGGCGCCUGCACUGUACGAUUUCCUGAGAUCCGAGGAGAGCACCAAGCACUUCGGCGGUUGAUCUGAUCUGACGUGCAGACGGGAUUUACUCGUGUGGUGUGGUUGCUGGGACAAUGGGUGGGGAAAGAGGGUGGUUUGUGUGGUGUGCAUAUAAUAUAUUUGGU